UUAUUUCCUUCAAAUUGUUUGUCGACAUAGAAAAAAGUUAAAAAAAAAUCGUUUUAGUUAAUAUAAUGCAAUUAAAUUUGUUACCUUAAUCCAAAGUAAAGGUUAAAUUAGUGACCUCUAAAUAAAUAUAGAAAUUUCCCACCCACUUAUUCCAUACACUUCUAAGCAGUCGUAACGGUUAGAAGCAUCAGCUGCUCGUUGUUUUGGCCUUCGCAUUCUCCAUUCAGCUUUUGCGUUUCGCCAACGUUUAUUAUUGUUAAGGAAUACAAGCGUUACUAUAAUGGCAAAUUGUAAGAUACCACCGCGAGUGUCACGCCGCUUGGUCGCUUUCGACUUCGAUUGCACUGUUGUGGAUGACAACACGGAUACGGUGGUGCGUGAUCUUCUGCCGGCUGAUCACUUACCCAGCGAAACCAUUAUACACAAUGAGGGUUGGCAAGAGUACAUGGCUGAAGUUUUCCGACGUGUGCAUCAGCAGUGCUGCUCACCACAAACGAUACGCGACAAAAUACGUUGUAUACCGGAAGUUCCUGGCUUUGUGCGUUUACUGAAACGUCUACAUCAGGCGACAGAAAACAAAUACGAUUUAAUCAUAAUUAGUGACUCAAACACGAUCUUUAUACAAGAGUGGUUGGAUGCGCAUGGUUUGGCCAAUUGCUUUGAGAGUAUAUUCACAAACCCGGCGCACUUUGAUGACGAUGGUUUGCUGCAUGUACGUCCCUACCAUCAUCAGACCGAUUGUAAGCUGAGUGCAGCCAAUUUAUGUAAAGGCAAGAUAUUGGAACAUUUUGUCGCCAAACGUAAUCUGCGCGAUAAUACACACUAUGAACGCAUUAUUUAUGUUGGUGAUGGUCAUAACGACUUGUGUCCAGUGCUAAAAUUGCGACAGGGUGACAUAGCAUGUCCGCGACAAAAUUUUGCAUUGGAAAAAAAGAUAACGAGUCAACGUGAAAAAAUGGAUUUGCGAGCGGAUGUAAUUAAGUGGAAAAGUGGUUUUGAAUUGCUAAGACAAUUGGCCGAACGUGAUGCGGCAUUGGAUGCAGAUGAUGCGGACGCCACACUGGCUGAUGCUACAAAGCAUUAGUGGAAGGCGCUAUAUUUUGAUAUAUAUAUAUAUUUUUUUAAAUAUAUUGUGUACAUGCCUUGUACCAACAUAUUAACCCAGCCAAAAUUAAUUAAUUAAUGCAUAUACAUUUGUAUAUAUAAUUGUAAAAAUAUACUAUUUGUUCCACUUCUGUACAUGGCUGUGUAUGUCUGUAUGUCAAGUAAUCAAUACGAGAACCUCUUAGCAAAAUAACAAAAUUAUAUAAUAUAUUAUUGAAAAUUCUAAAAAUUUAAAUAUAUUUGCAAAGAGUUGGCUUGAGAUGUGUUAGGUGCGGGUGUGAAGGCAAUAAAAAAUUUCAAUAUGUAUGCAUGUAAAAUGCUAUAGAACAACACACAUACAAACACAAUUAUGUAUGCAUAUUUUUGCACAUAUUUCAUUGCACUUAUGAUGUGAGGUAUGCAUUGUGCAUUUUUGUUCUAAUUGAUAACACAUGCCUCACUAUUUAGUAUGUCAAAUAUACAUAUGUAUAAACACACAAAUCUAAAAAAAUUUUACAUGUUUUAGCUGUUAAUUGUUAUUGCAACAAAUAAUAAAUAUGUAUGUAUAAAUGAU